AUGAUGCGAAUUCCCUAUCGAGCGGUGGUGCCCCGCGCAACUCUACUCCAUGCACGUUUCAGUAGACCACCUGCGGUUCCUUCCUUGACAAAGGCGUUCAUCGUCAGUCGCCGUACUUCGUCACAUGCCUCUUUCAUCGAGACUGGGCACAUUGACGUGAAAGACGACGAGGGUCUUGUAUUUGUGAAUAAUAUCUUUCCGUCGAAGUUACAAUGGUUGCUACAAGGACCGCUGAGCGGGAACAAAACUUACGAAGAGGCGUUGAAACGAAUCAACAGGCCCCAUCUGGCGGCGUCGGAUCCGUUGCAUAUAAUCCGUCGCGUAUUCCCUCAGAGUCUGAACGUCGACAUCCGGGAAGUCAUUCCGCGCUUCAGAGAAGGCGGCGCUUUUGUGAAAUAUGUUCGCAAAGAUGGUGUCCGGGACAAUGAUAUUGUAACCGCUGUGCAACACCAUCUGGAGCACAAUCCUAUCCGGCCCUGGUUCAACCCGUUCCAGCAGGUCAAAGUUGCCCAUGUGCAUGGCAGACCGUGGAUCGAGGAUCUAUAUCGCAUUCCAAGCCAGCGGCUGCGCGUGGAGUUCCUGCCAGGCUCCGUUGAUGGAGCCGCAACGGAACUGACCACGGAAACGUUGUAUUCUUUCUUCAGGAGAUAUGGAAAGUUAAGGGACAUUGAGAGACAACCUACCGAUUCGAAGAUCGCUCCAAGAUAUGCUUUUGUGUCGUUCACGCGGCAAAAGUACGCGGUCAUGGCCAAGAACUGCAUGCACGGAUUCACUAUCCCGGAGGAAGAAGGCGGCGGCAAGUCCGGCACGAGAAUCAAAAUCAAGUACGAGCGGAAGAUCAAGUUUUCCGUCAUCAAGGACUGGAUCCUGAACCAUCCGAGAAUAGUGAUCCCUGCAAUUGCUGCACUCAUUGCGGCCAUCACUGUGACCAUCUUCGACCCUAUCCGCACCUUCUUCAUCGAAAUGAAGAUCAAGGCCACUCUGCAAACCGAGGAGAACAGUGUCCUUCAAUGGAUCCGGAAUCAGGCCAACAAGGCCAACAUCAUCUAUUUCGGGCGCCAGAGGACAGACCCUCGCCGUCUCACUGCGAUAUGGGAGGAUCGCCAGGGAGAUAUUAAGCAGUUGCAGUCCUGGCUGAUGGAGAAUGCCGAGACGUUCAUCGUCAUCCACGGCCCUCGAGGCACGGGAAAGAGAGAGCUUGUGUUGGACCGAGCCCUUGAAAACUACAAAUACAAGGUCGUCAUCGAUUGUAAACAGAUUCAAGAUGCCAAGGGCGAUACUGCAAAGAUAGCCCGUGCUGCUAGCCAGGUCGGAUAUUGGCCUGUGUUCUCAUGGAUGAACAGCAUGAGCAGCUUUAUCGACCUAGCUGCGCAGGGCAUGAUUGGCACCAAGGCCGGCUUCUCUGAAACUCUGGAUGCGCAGCUCAGCAAGAUUUGGCAGAAUACUGCCACUGCCCUGAAGAGGGUUGCACUGUCCAAUCGGAAGAAAGAUGACAAGGAGGCACAUCUCUCAGACGAAGAGUACUUAGAAGCUCACCCCGAACAGCGUCCCGUCGUAGUCAUCGACAACUUCCUGCACAAUGCCACCGAGAGCAGCGUGGUGUACGACAAGAUCACCGAGUGGGCCGCAGGCCUCACGACCGGAAAUAUCGCUCAUGUAGUGUUCUUGACUACUGACGUUUCCUUCUCCAAACCUUUGAGCAAAGCCUUGCCAAAUUCAGUGUUCCGGACCAUUUCCCUGGGCGACUGCUCGCUCGACGUGGGCAGAAAGUUUGUACUCAGCCAUCUUGAGCAUGGGGCGAAGGAUGGAGCCAAUUCAGGCCAGAACAUGCAAGAGGUAGGAGACUUGGGUACCUUGGAUAGCUGCAUAGAAGUGCUGGGAGGCCGAGUGACCGACCUUGAGUUCAUGGCACGGCGCAUCGAGUCUGGAGAAACGCCCCGAGCGGCAGUCAGUCGCAUCAUCGAACAAUCGGCAUCCGAGAUCUUGAAGAUGUUUGUCUUUGACCCUGACAUUGAAUCCAAGCAGUGGAGCCACGAACAGGCCUGGCAUUUGAUUAAGACGCUAGCCCACUCCCAGGAUGGCACUUUGCCGUACAAUCAAGUUCUUCUCUCCGAUCUAUUCAAGGAGAACGGCGAGACCACCCUCCGAGCCCUUGAGCAAGCCGAGCUUAUCGCAAUCAGUUCCGUCAACGGAUGUCCUGACGCAGUGAAGCCUGGCAAGCCCGUCUAUCGGGCGGUGUUCAAGCGGUUAACGGAGAACAAGACCCUGAGUAGCCGGCUGGAUCUGGACAUUGUCAAGCAGCUGCUGAGCAGUGAAAACAAGAGCAUUGGGAAAUAUGAGCAGGAGCUGCAGGUAUUGGGAUCUCUCCCCAAGCAGCCCCGGGAGCUCAGCGCACGGAUUCAGUGGCUCCUGCAGAAGGUGGCAAGUUCGCAGAACAAGAUCAGCCAGUAUGAGCACGAGAGUGCCAUCCUACAGAAGUCUAUCGGAUGGCCAGCCAUAGUGGCUAUACUGGUCUCCAUCUGCGUGGUGACUCGUCUCAUCACCGAAUUCCAGAGUCGUCCCCGUGGGAUCUCCGAGGGUCGUCCGCGUCCCGUAAGGACGGUGCCAUAUUGGCUGCCCUGGCUGGGCCAUGGCCCGGCCUUUGCCUGGGACCAUGUCGAUCUCCUUCAAAAGUCCAGAAAGUCCAUGAAGGAGGCCGUGUUUGGAAUCUACAUGGGUGGCACCAAACACGAUAUUGUCGUGUCCCCAUCCAUGGUCAACUCGGUAUUGACUGCUCGAGGUACCUCCUCGACGGACUUGAUCAAUUAUGCCCUCGAGAAGAUCUUCGGUGACCGGGGUGUGAUUCGUAAUCUGAAUCCUGUUGACCAUCAUACGCUCAACCACAAUAUCCCCAACCUUCUCAUGCGGGAGCCUUUUUUGACGGAAGGCACCAGAAACGCUACCCGCCUGAUUGAACGGGAGAUCCCUAACUUGGUGACUAACUGUCGAAGCAUCGUGGACCAGAUGCUGUGGGAGCGCGGAAGCCAGGCUAUCGUCGUUGACGGGGAAGACUCGCUUGCCUGCGAGGUGAAUUUUUUCGCCCUCAUUAGAAGGUUCGUUGGACACGUCACUACGGCAAUUUUUAUGGGUGAGGCCAUUCUUGAGGCUUUCCCUGCCCUGCUGGAGGAUGUAUUUACGCUGGACAACCAGUUUGUGCUCCUGUCCAUGGGCAUCCCUCGGUUGGCCCACCCUGGGGUUUCCGCAGCGCAUGUUGCCCGUAGACGGCUCCUCGAUUCUCUUACAGCGUAUCACCAGGCCUUCGUUUCAUGGGAUGAUGGGAUUGAUCCCGGACUUACGUUUCGAGAUCUCGACGACAUCUCGGAACCUAUAAAGGAGCGAAUCCGCAAAUGCAAAGAGCUGGGACUUUCUGCAAGGUCUAGUGCACCUGCACAUCUAUCCUUGCUCUGGGCGAUGAAUGGAAACUCCCCGAAUGUUGUCUUUUGGCACCUUCUUCGGAUGUAUGCCAGCCCUACGCUCCUGGAAGAGAUCCGCAAGGAGGUCGCUCCUUAUGUAAAGAUUGUUCGGCAGGAAAGCGGCUUCGCUUUCCAAGAAGCCCCCAAGCUGUCAAUUGAUACAGAAGCGCUAGUUAAGUCGUGUCCGUUGUUGAAGGCAAGCUUCUAUGAGACAUUGCGCUUGCAUUCAGCGCCUCUGUCGUUUCGGGGAGUGACCGCUGACUUAACCAUCACGGAGUCCGCUGAAGAUGCUGCUAUCGCUGGCGUAGCGCAGCCUCGGUCAUAUGAACUUAAGAGAGGCGAUACCGUGGCUAUUCCGCACGCUGUUCUCCAUACAGACCCCAAAUACUUCGCGAAUCCUCGUGAUUUUGACCCGAUGAGGUUCAUCUCGACCGACUCCGAAACUGGACAGAGGAAAGCGAACGUACACACCAUCAAACCCUUUGGUGGCGGAGUAUCUGGGUGUAAGGGCCGCGCCUUUGCAGAGAGGAAGCUCCUCGCGUUUGCCGCGGCAAUCAUCACCAUGUGGGAUGUCAAGCCAGCCCAGGAGGGAGGCUUUACCGUUCCUGAACAUCGGCCAUCUGGAGCGGCAUAUCUGCCUCGGAAGGAUGUCCGGGUGCGCAUCACACAGCGUGCUUAG